AUGGUUGCUGUACGAAAGACCGCCCUCAUCACAGGCUGCUCCGCUGGCGGUGUUGGUGUUGCCAUCGCCGAAGUCUUCCAAGAACACGGCUACCAUGUAUUCGCCACCGCCCGCACCCCCUCGAAAGUCCCACAGACGUUGCACGCCGCUUCCAAUGUCACCGUGAUGAGCCUUGACGUGAUGUCCGUCGACUCCAUCGCCGCCGCGGCGGAACAAGUCGCCAAGCAGGCGGGCAAGCUCGAUGUUCUGAUAAACAACGCCGGGCUGGGGUUGAACGCGCCCGUUCUCGACACCCCUCUCAAGGAAGCCAAGCAGCUCUUUGAUCUCAACUUCUUCGGGCCGAUGGCCAUGCUGCAGUCCUUCGGCCCGUUGCUCAUCAAGGCCAAGGGCUGUGUGGUGAACAUUUCCUCUGUCGGCGGAGCAAUCAAUUUUCCUUUUUCAAGCAUCUACAAUGCCUCAAAGGCGGCUCUGAUUCAAGGAAGUGAGACAUGGCGCCUUGAGCUCGCUCCCCUUGGAGUUCGCACAAUCACUCUCAUGACGGGCGGCAUCGCAACGAGCUUUUUUUCCAACAUGCGCACCUUGCCGAUACCCGAGUCAUCCAACUAUUAUGGAAUCAAGAGCAUUAUCGAGGAAAACCCGGACCAGAAUCCCUAUGGUAUGGAGCCAAAGGCGUUUGCCACUCAACUGCUCCGCCACGUGGAGCGGGGUGCCAGCGGCAAGAUAUGGCUGGGUGGAGGUGUUUCCAUGGCGCGCAUGCUGCUGUGGCUCUCUCCGUCAAGCGCCGUGGUUAGUAUUCACAUUAGACACCGAAUCUCUAGUACUGAAGACUGGCUAACUGUCAACAUAGGAUGGAUUGGUCGAAAGACAGAAGCGAUUCUCCAAAGCAUUGGCUGA